CCCUCAUCGCGCUGUAUGUAGGCGGGCACCACAAGAUGGCGGCCGGGCGGCCCCUGUGUGGCGGCUGACGGUGCGUUGCCGCCAUGCUGCCCGGCUCCCCCGCCGCUCCCCGCCGGCUCCCGCAGCCCCCAGCCGCCUCUCAGCGCCGCGAUCUGCCCAUCUUCCAGGCUCGGGGGCCGCUGCUCAGCCAGCUGCGGGGCCUGGAGUGCGCCGUGCUCAUCGGAGAAACAGGCUCAGGAAAGACCACUCAGAUCCCUCAGUACCUCUACGAAGCAGGAAUCGGCCGCCAGGGCAUCAUUGCUGUGACACAGCCUCGCAGAGUAGCAGCCAUAUCCUUAGCGACCAGAGUGUCAGAUGAAAAGAGGACGGAGCUGGGGAAACUGGUUGGCUACACCGUGCGCUUCGAUGACCUGACGUCUGAUGAAACUAGGAUCAAGUUUUUGACGGAUGGCAUGUUGCUUCGUGAAGCCAUUGGGGAUCCCAUCCUGCGGAAAUACAGCGUUGUCAUCCUGGAUGAAGCCCAUGAGAGGACGAUCCAUACUGAUGUGCUCUUUGGAGUGGUGAAAGCUGCCCAAAAGAAAAGGAAAGAGUUGGGCAAACUGCCCCUAAAGGUGAUUGUCAUGUCAGCUACGAUGGACGUCGAUCAGUUCUCCCAGUACUUCAAUGGAGCUCCUGUUCUCUAUUUAGAAGGCAGGCAACAUCCCAUUCAGGUCUUCUACACCAAACAGCCUCAGAGCGAUUACCUCCAAGCAGCACUGGUGUCAGUCUUCCAGAUCCACCAGGAAGCUCCCUCUUCUCAGGACAUCCUCGUGUUUCUAACGGGUCAGGAAGAGAUUGAAGCAAUGACCAAAACCUGUCGAGACAUUGCCAAGCAUCUCCCUGAUGGCUGCCCGCAGAUGACGGUGAUGCCUCUUUAUGCUUCUCUGCCCUACUCUCAACAACUCCGAGUCUUUCAGGCUGCCCCCAAGGGCUGCCGCAAAGUGAUCCUCUCCACCAACAUCGCAGAAACCUCCAUCACCAUUUCGGGUAUAAAGUAUGUUGUGGACACAGGCAUGGUCAAAGCAAAGAAGUACAAUCCUGAAAUUGGUCUGGAAGUGUUGGCAGUCCAGCGAGUGUCAAAGGCCCAGGCCUGGCAACGGACGGGGAGAGCAGGGCGAGAGGACAGCGGGGUCUGCUACCGGCUGUACACGGAGGAUGAGUUUGAGAAGUUUGACAAAAUGACGAUACCUGAGAUACAGAGGUGUAACUUGGCCAGUGUGCUGCUUCAGCUCUUGGCCCUGAGGAUUCCCAACAUACUCACCUUUGACUUCAUGUCCAAACCAUCUCCUGAUGCUAUUCAAGCAGCCAUUGAGCAGCUGGACCUGCUGGGGGCUGUGGAGCAAAAGGAAGAUCAGCUUGUCCUGACUCCCCUGGGAAGGAAGAUGGCGGCCUUCCCACUGGAACCAAAGUUCUCUAAAACCAUCCUCCUGUCCCCAAAGUUCCAUUGCACAGAAGAGAUUCUGACCAUUGUAUCGCUGCUCUCAGUGGACAGUGUCCUUUACAACCCCCCAGCCCGGCGGGAUGAAGUGCAAUCUGUCAGGAAGAAAUUUAUCUCCAGUGAGGGGGAUCACCUCACCCUGCUCAAUGUGUACAGAGCCUUCAAAAACGUCAGUGGCAACAAGGAAUGGUGCAAGGAGAACUUUGUCAACGGCAGGAACAUGAUGCUCGUGUCAGACGUGAGAGCUCAGCUCAGGGACAUUUGUGUAAAGUUAUCGCUGCCCAUGGAGUCGUCCCGCUCCGACACCUCCAACAUCCGCCGCUGUUUGGCUCACAGCCUCUUCAUGAACGCGGCCGAGCUGCAGCCGGACGGCACCUACAGCACCGUCAGCUCCCACCAGCCCGUGGCCAUCCACCCCUCGUCCGUGCUGUUCCACUGCAAACCCUGCUGCGUGGUUUACAACGGGCUGCUGCACACCAACAAGUGCUACAUGCGGGACCUGUGCGUGGUGGACGCGGACUGGUUGUAUGAUGCAGCACCUGACUAUUUCCGCAGGAAACUCAGAGCAGCCAAGAACUGAGUGGGGCUGCAGGGCUCAAUACAGGGCUCAGUGCAGGGCUCAGUGCAGGGCUCAAUGCAGGGCUCGGUGCAGGGCUCAAUGCAGGGCUCAGUGCAGGGCUCAGUGCAGGGCUGGGCUGUGAUCUGUGCAGGGACAGCGGGGUUUUGCAUCGCAAACAGGUGUAAAACUGGGAGGAAAAUGGCUUCUCUGUGAGAGGCAGCACUCAUGGCAACCUGUGGCUUUGAACCAUCGUGGUGUUAAGAGCUGCUGUGUAAAACGGGACCUGCUUUGUGCUGGUGUUUAACAUUGAGCUGUAAUGGAUGGGGCUGGAAGGAAACGAGCCCAGCAGCUCCUGCAGCAAACUCUCUAUUUGUUGAUGGUUCAGUUUGUGUUCCGGGCAGGUUUUACCGAUGGAAAAUAAAGACAAAUAAAUAAAUUUCUACAUACAAGGAGCAAAA